AUGACUGAGAAGACCCCCAUCACCGAAAACCCGAUCAUUUUCGCUCCUGAAACUUACCAAUACGACAAAGAUUCCCUAGACGAGUCCCAGAUUGACAAUGACCCUAUUAUGCAGUUCACGAAGUGGUUUGCAGAAGCUCAGCAAGAUCCCAGUGAGGCUAUUCCUGAAGCCGUGAACUUCGCAUCUGCUGAACUCCCAAGUGGGCGAAUCUCAGCUAGGGUACUAUUGUUCAAAGAGCUUGAUGAGCGUGGAUUUACGAUUUACUCCAAUUGGGAGACUUCCAGAAAGGCCCAUGACAUCAGCACAAACCCACAGGCAGCUCUGACAUUUUUCUGGAAGAACUUGCAAAGACAGGUCCGAAUCGAAGGACUUGUCGAGAAAGUAAGUAGAGAAACUUCAGAGAGAUACUUCAGAACAAGACCACGCGGUUCCAAAGUCGGUGCUUGGUCCUCGCCUCAAUCGGCUCCGCUCAAGAAUCGGGAAGAACUCAAGGAGCUUGUCGAGAAGAACGAAACCCGUUUCGAUGGUGUGGAAGAUGUGCCGUGUCCAGAAUUUUGGGGUGGUGUCCGUGUGGUUCCACUUUCAAUUGAGUUUUGGCAAGGGAGACAGAGCCGUUUACACGAUAGAAUGGUUUUCUCCCGCGAGACAGAAAAGGAUCCAUGGAAAAUCACCAGAAUUGCUCCUUAG